UAUAAAUACCACGUACAAACGAAUCCAGCAAAAUAACAGGAGGUGUGUUGAAUUGAACCAGAGGAAUCGCAUGCGGCAGAAUUGACGGACUUUCGGGCAUCCUCCGAGUUCCUAAUUCUGCGGCGAAGUAGGUUUUGAGAAAGGCAGGGGAGAUGGCAGCUAGCAGUGCUUCGCCGUUGAUUGUCCGUCUGGUGUCAGCCUCCGUGGCGAUAGCCAACAGAGCCGGCAGCAUCAUCAGAAAAAUCAUGAAGGAUGGUUCGCUGAAUAUCGUGCAGAAGGGUGGUGAAGGUAUCUUCGACCCACAGACAGAAGCAGAUAGGAGAGCGCAACACUGCAUUGUGGCAUCACUGAUGACAAGAUUCCCAGGAAUUACAGUCAUUGGAGAAGAGGAAUUGGAGAAGGAAAAGAUGGAAGAUAGACAGGUUGAGAUGGGAGAUUCCCAGGAGGUUCUGGCUGUAGAGUGUCCCCCACAGUACCAAGAUGUUGACCUCAAAGAUGUUGUCGUAUGGGUUGAUCCUGUAGACGGCACCACAGAAUACACUCAGGGCUUCUUGGAUCACGUCACCGUUCUCAUAGGCGUGGCCGUCAAAGGCAUCGCGGUAGCUGGAGUCAUACACCAGCCGUACUUCAACUACAAGACCUCGCCCGUGGAGGAGCAAGGACGCACCAUGUGGGGCAUUCUGGGCCUUGGAGGCUUUGGCUUCGAGCACAAAGAGUCCACCAAGCGGGUCAUCACCACGACGCGGUCGCAUUUAACGGAGGACGUGCAGAAGACGAUUGAUGCCAUGAAACCAGAUGAAAUCCUGCGGGUCGGGGGUGCAGGCCACAAGGUGAUUCAACUUCUGGAUGGUACAGCGAGUGCCUAUAUUUUUGCCAGUCGUGGUUGCAAGAAGUGGGAUACGUGUGCUCCUGAGGCAAUCUUGCAUGCAGUAGGAGGUCGACUGACGGACUGUCACAACAAGAGCUACAUUUACCACAAAGACGUGGAACACCAAAAUACGGGUGGGGUGAUUGCCGCCUACAGCAAUCACCAGUUCUAUGUGGAAAGGGUACCCAUGUCCAUACGAGAGAAACUCCCCACGCAAACGGGGAGUGCCGAGUGAGACCAAGGAUGCAGGGAGGUCAACGUCCUCCACAGAAAUGAGAUAACGGUUGUAGCUCAGUCCACAAUCACGUGCACAGAUCACGGAAGGCACAAGUAAAUUGUUUGAGAAAAAUAGUGGGGUUUGCAAGACCAGGGAGGAAAAGAUAUUACGUAUUGGUGAUGGAAUUGUAUGAAAGAUUUGAUUAUUAAUCGGUUAUCACCAGAAAUGAACAGUUGAACACCACAGUGAAUUCCAACAUCACCGAGCGGAGGUUUGGUGCAAAAAUCCUCCUCUAUUUUUGUGAGUUUUAUACCAGGAAAAAAAAAAGUGGACCAUUAGUAAAAAUCAACGUGCUGCUUGUGUACGGACUGAAAAGUCCGAUACUGUAACUCGAUCAUGAAGUAGUUUGAAAAAAAAUAAAUUACAUUCCAGCUGAGAUGUAAACAAACGAUUCCUUUUUUUCAGAGGUCUGCAUUUUGGUUAAUGGCUCUGACGCGGGGUAACUCACUUUAACAAAAAGAUGAUAUCCAGAAGGAAAAUGAUCGAAAGAAAAAUUUGCCUGGAAAUUUCAGCAGAGAUGCGAGAGAGGAUACAAUGUCGUACCAGAAUAAAAAAAGCUGUUUAUGGCGAUUGUAUUUUGUGGUGUUCAACUGCCAUUCUCUAAGUGAUUUAGGGAAACACUUCACUAGUUUUUACUCUAUGCAGCAGAAAUAUAUAUACUGGUAUAUGUACUAUAUAAAAUUUAAAAAAAAAUUGUGGUAUGCACGCAACAUGACGGAACAAUUUGCUUCCUGCCGGUGACAGAAGCCAAGACUAAAAGUGAAUUUAUGUGAACUAUUGACCGUGACAAAAAAGUGACUUUUUGAGGACACGUAGAAAAAAGACAGAUGUAAAUU